AUGGAAAGGUUCUUGCGCUCAUGGCGACAGGACGCCUUGAACCGCGGCCAGCAUGAUUCCGCAAUCUACAUCGGCGACAAAGUCCUGGCGCUCACUAACAGUGACUCUGACGCGUUCUGGCUCGCCCAAGUUCAUUUUUCUAACAACAACUUCACACGCGCCUUAGCCCUCCUCUCCCGCAAGGAUCUCGUCUCUCGAAGCACCGCCUGUCGCUAUCUCGCUGCCCAUUGCUAUAUCAAGCAGAACCAGUUCGAUGAGGCUCUGUCCAUCCUUGGUGAACACAACCCCACCGACCUAAUCCGCAACAAUCACACCCGGCGCAAGAUCCAACACAUUAACAACCAAAGCCAUGUUACAUUGCGCAAUGGGAAGACUGCCACACCACGCGGCGAGCGAGCCGAAGAGCGCGAGCGAGACGAAGCCAAUAAUGUGCGAUUUGAAGCCGCGAUGUGUUAUUUGCGGGGGCUCUGCUUCUCCAAGCAGAAUGCGUUUGACCGUGCCCGAGACUGUUACAAGGACGCAGUACGGAUUGACGUUCAAUGCUUUGAGGCAUUUGACCAGCUCAUGAAGAACUCACUGAUGUCUCCUACGGAAGAAUUGGAAUUCCUAGAAUCACUUGACUUUGAUUCAGUCUCAUCUCCCGAUCCCAUGAUGGCGCAGGAAGCCGCCCACUUUACCAAGAUGCUUUACACCACCCGUCUCUCCAAAUACUCGUCUCCCACUAUCCUCUCCGAUGCUACCGAAACCCUCUCCACACACUAUAAUCUUGCAGAGAACCCGGACAUUCUUCUCUCUCGCGCUGAGGCUCUUUACACACAGUGCCGCUUCCCAGAGGCACUGGAAUUGACAUCUUCCAUUCUUUCCACAUCUCAGCCGCCCGACUUGACAACAACGAAUACUAGUAUACCCGCCCAGAACAACCUUGGCCAUGCGCCCGCCAUCUAUCCACUCCAUCUGGCUUGUCUGUACGAAACAGGUGCCACGAACGCUCUCUUCCUAUUGUCUCACAUGCUCGCGGAUCAUCUACCGGAAGAACCCUACACGUAUUUGGCAAUUGGAGUAUACUAUCUGUCGGUGUCCAAGGUUGCAGAGGCACGGCGGUUCUUCUCCAAAGCCUCCUUACUAGAUCCACACUCGGCCCCGGCUUGGAUUGGUUUUGCGCAUACUUUCGCUGCGGAGGGUGAGCAUGACCAGGCGAUAGCGGCUUAUAGUACUGCUGCCCGGCUCUUCCAAGGUAGUCAUCUCCCCCAGCUUUUCCUGGGUAUGCAGCAUCUCGCUUUGAAUAACAUGGCUCUUGCACACGAGUAUCUCUCUGCUGCUUAUACCAUGUCAACCGGAGCGAAACUUGGCUCGGUUCCAAAGAUCUCAACUGCUCUAGCCGUCGGCGGGGACCCACUUGUCCUCAAUGAGCUCGGCGUCGUCCAUUAUCACCUGUCCCACCUCGAAAAGGCUGUUGAGUAUUUCCAGCAAGCGCUGGCGCUGGCUGCUUCUCUUCACUGUGAACCCAGCGCCUGGGUGGCUACACGUGCCAAUCUGGGACACUCAUUCCGUCGGCUGGACCUCCUUCCCGAGGCCCUUAAUGAAUACGAUGAAUGUCUUCGUGUGGGCGCAGGGGGUAGCAGCAUGGGCUACUCGCCAUUCUUAGGUAGUGGUCCUGGUGGAUCUGCUUCAGUUACUACUUCAUCUGGUGUAGGAGGCUACGAAGACCGUGGGUUAACUGGUUCGCUCCAUACAUCUCGCGGACUUGUGCUCCUACAGCUGGGACGCACCACAGAGGCCGUUGCGGCUCUGCAUGAAGCCGUGCGUGUACUCGGAGCUAGUGGGGGCGGUGACGCGGCGGGUGGUGCGGGCGUAGCAGGCACUCUGCUAUCCCGCGCACUUGAACUCUGGGCCCUCGAAGGGCGACAGCAGGGUCGCCAGACCUUUGAAGAGGACUACCGCGCGGCAUGCACACCUGUCCCCAUCAACCCAACUAAGCGACGUGGGACCAACCGGUCUCAUAACCUCAAGGGCAAAGAGCGAACUGCACCAGAAGAGAUGUCUCGACGACGUGCGCGCCAGGGGCCCGUUGUAGAAGAAUGGACGGACGAGGUGGCACAUGCUACGCCUCAGACCGAAGAGGAUAAUGUUGAAAUGGACCUAGACGAUGCUGCGGAUGGACUGCUACGACGUGCCCUGGGUCGCGUACGACCAAGCCGCCAACGUCGCGCAGCCGCACCCGCAACGCUAGAGAUGGAUACCGAAACAUCUGCCCCAUCCGGGGGUCGCAGUCGGGGGAUACGACACGGAAGAAGCCACUCCAGACAGUGA